AUGAGCGCCGCAUCGCCAGCAGACAGGAAUAAUGCGAGCGAUACCAUGAGUCCGCCAAACGAAUCCGGCAGUAGCGCAAAGCGGAAACACGAGAAUGGCACGCCCGUCCAGCGCGCGAAGCGCAACAGGUAUAUCAGCAUUGCGUGUAAUGAGUGCAAAAGGAGGAAGAUCAAGUGCAAUGGCGAGACGCCAUGUCAGCGCUGCGGCAAUCUCAACCUGGAGUGCGCCUACGCUCCCAACUGCUGCAACUCGUUCAAAGACAGCGACGAGUUCAAGCAGAUGUCGACGCAUAUAACUUCUCUCCAGCAGCAGGUUGACGAUCUCUUCCAAAACCUCAGCGCGCUCCGGGCCCAGGUCGACGUACAGAGCAACGGCUCCAUCGGCACACCCUUCAAUCCCGACUACCAGCAGACGCCUAUGCUGCCUCCCCCCUCCGCCCGCUCACGAUCGAAAUCCUUCAGCAAGCACCCCCGCUUCCACGGCCCGACGUCGAACGCAUUCAAUGUAGGGGUGGCGAGGUCGAGCCUGAAGACUAUGGGCAUAAACGCUGGCGAGGAAGGCGAAGACGACGGCAUCUUGACCCGCGACGCGACACCCAGGGCAUCGCCUCCCAUACCCAACGCUAUGAUGCCGAAACGCGCCCUACACGCGGAUAAAGACCCCAUAUGGUCCAUCUCGAAGCACGAGGCUAUCCGCUUGGUGCAUGUAUGGCACGAGGAGAUGGGUAUUAUGUACCCCAUCUUGGAAGUCGAUAGACUGCAGCGCUAUGCCGAGAUGCUGUUUACCUUUGUAGAAGCAGCGGCUAGGUCGGGAUUGAUGCAAGGUGCUCUUCCUGGGUCGGACGCAAUGGUGGACGAUCAGAUCAGCGUACUGAAGCUCGUUCUCGCUAUCACACUGGUUCUUGAAGGUGGAGGGAAGGAUCCUCUCGGCGAGAGGCUCUUCGAGAACGUGCAUAAGAUCGUUGACAAGGCCUUGUCUGAGCCUGUUAGCCUCCAUGGAAUUAACCUGCUGGUGUUGACAGCUAUGUAUCACUUCACUCGGGACGACGAAGCCAUGGCAUGGCGAGUGAUUGGCCUGGCGGCACGACACUGUCUGGAGUUGGGUUUACAUCGUCGAGACACUUAUGUGGCUCUCUUCCCUGAUCCUGAAGAGCAAGCGGCGGCGAUCCGGACUUUCUGGACUAUCUACGUGCUGGACCGUCGGUGGAGCUUCGGCACUGGCAUGCCUUUUGCUCUGCAAGACGCGGAUAUUGACACUAAUGUUCCAAAACCGGAUAUAUCAACGCACGAAUCCACGCCGUAUCUCAAUGCCAUGAUCCAGUACUCUGUCAUCGGUUCGAAAGUAUGGAAGUCUGUCGCCGAUGUAGGACACCAGGAUAAGAUCAACAAGGAUGAUAUCUCUUUUCUUGACUUCCAGGUUCUGAACUGGCACCGCAGUAUACCGGAGACGCUGAAGUUUGUCCACCCGGAUAGUGGUAGACAGGUUGACCCUCCUGCACGGGUCAUCCAUCGUCUGCAGGUCGUGCUCUACCUGCGAGCCAACCAGAUGCGCAUCCUCAUCUACCGCCCAGUAUUACAUACCGCAACUACCAUCAUGGAGAACCUCGACUUUGCACACGUCGUAGUCAAGGUCGCCAAAGAUACCAUCCGUAUACUGACAUAUAUCAACCAAACUUCAGACAUUUACAGAAGCCAGCAGACCAUGUUCAACUACUUCCUGAUAUCGGCGCUAGCGGUACUCUUCCUGGCUGUGGCUCACGCGCCGGCCGAAUUCAGCCAGCAGUCUCGCGACGAGUUCUACAUGGCGCUUGAGCUUGUCCGUGGUCUUUCGUCGAACUCAUACGUCUCGAAACGCUUGUGGAGAACGAUCAAGACGAUCAAGGAAGUUGGACCCCGUCUCGGACUAGUCAUACGCAACGAUGACACUCACGAUGCGCACUCUUCCGCCGCUGUCGCAAUGGCGGGCCUUGCAGGUCACUCGAUGGAUGAUCUUGCCCUGUUCUCGAAUGGGCGUAAUGGACCUAACCUCGAUACACCGCAUGGAAUGGCUAGCGAUUUGACGACGUUGUUCGAGGCUGCUGGGGGCAUCUUCAACCUCAACGGCUUUGGGGGCGCAGGAAGUGAGCUGCCCAACUCAAAUGGAGAGUUUGUGAAUGGUUUCUCACAUGAGAAUGACGAGCUGGCGAGGAUACUGAGGGACUUGUUCUGA